UCUGGGAUUAGCAGUAGCCGCAGGUAAUAGCCAAACAUUGGGAGACUCUCAGCUACUCGACUGAGUUUCACAGAAAAGGUGACGGACACGUAUGAACCAAGUUGUGUAGUUCGGUCGACGAAGGCGUCUUCAGGUGUGCAUGACUCGGGUUUUGGAUGUAAAUUCACCUGGAGGUUUUAGGGCGGUCGAAAUUCGAGUCUUUCUUUAUGUGUUUGAGGCACGAGCUCAAGGUUUCUGUGUGAGACUUCCGCGGUUUGCUCGCUGAACAAGUUACCUGGGAUAAAAGACAGCAACAAGUGUUUCCUCUUAUGCGGUCCCAGGCCAUCUGAGCCAUGCCUGGCCACAACACAGGGGCUCCCCAGUCCUCCCGCCAUCACAAACACCACAGCUCCAACUCCAGAGCAGAAAAGUACCGCCAGACCAGGACUAUAUCUAGGGAGAGUGCAGCCAGCCAAGACUCCUACAAGGACCCUCAUGGGGAGCAUCUGCACGAGCACCACAAUGACCACCCCAGGUACUCGGACAAGUACAGUCGCAGCAGAAGCCAUCCAAGAAAUGGGACAGGACGAGGCUCGGAGUCGAUAGGAUUUAUUCCCGGGUCGGCAGACAGCACGCCUGCCAGUAGACAUACUUGUGGCUCCUGUGCGUCCAUGGGCUGGAACAGCUGUAAGGCUCUUAUCUGCUGUGUACUGACCUGUGGAUUUUAUGGCACCAAAGAGCCCUGCCUGCCUGUUAAUGAGAGCUCCACAGACCAUCCCCCUAAAGCAGUCACUGAGCCUCACCCUCACCCUCACCCUCCUAAUGGCAUGGCUGUCACAAAUCCCACUUGUGGUGUCCCUUUGGAGUCCAGGAAGUCUCCUAAAGUCUCUAAGCUGCCCACAAGUGACAGCUUCCGCUACCCAGAUGUCCGCAUUGCAGGUCAGACCGUUCGCUAUCCAGCUCCUGCUCCUAAACGGACCCGCACGCCUGGAAAGGGGGAAACCCAACGACCCAUCAGCAACACCAGCCUGUUAUCCCGUGAGGACUAUGACCUGGACGACCUGAGCGACACGGGCACAGAUAUUGACUCUUUGAUCACCAAGAAGCUGCUGGAGCUCUACGCCCUGCACCAGAUCGACCAGCUGGCCAAAUGCACUUCUGACUCCUCUUUCUCCCGUAAGACCAACGAGAUCAGUGAGCUCAUCUACAGCAUCGCCCAGGACUACAACCUGGAGGAGCAGGAGGCUGAGUGCAAGCUGGUGCAUGGGGUCAUCCGCAUCAGCACGAGGAAGGGCAAGAGGUACAAGAGCCCACAUUCGACGGGUCAGCAGCGGCCUAACGGGAGGAGUGAUGGGACCCUGCCUGACAGCGGCAAUGAAACCAUGACCAACACUUUCAUUAGUAGUGACUUUCCAGAGGUCAAAGUGUCAGAGCAGACGCCAUCGGAUGAGCUGGCGAGGAAAAUGAGACACUACAGCGGAAGAACAUACUCGUCCAGCACAGCCACAGCAUAUUCAGCCUACCAUCAUGACACUGAAACAGACUCCUCAGGUGCUCCUCUGCUUCUCUGAAAACAAACAAAAGUGAUGUAGGGAACCAGAUGGACACUGCAUUUCUUCUGUCAUUUCUUUUCACUGUUACUGACUGGAGCACCUUUAUAACAGCCUGCUAUACUUGACUCUUUAGUGGUCUGGCUGAUGUUUGCUGUCACUUAAAUUCAUGGACUUUUAAUCUCUUCAGCAGAUGACCCUCUGAGGAAACUAUUUUUUUAGAUAAAGACGAUUUUGUGUUCAGUGUUUAAAGAGGCAUGACUACACUCCUCUGCACAAUCUUCACAGUCAGAAUAGAGGACAGAAACUGAUACCAAAACAUAACCGUCCUCAUUUUUGACGGUGUGAUUGUUGUUGUAAGCCAUUGUUGAUGUACUGUGUGUAUGUGACUCCUGCUAUUUAGACUCCUUUAGAGCAUAUUUUGACCUGAAAACUGCUUUCUUAAGCCAUAUUUUGAUGUACAUAUUUCAAGGAAAUGUUACUUUCUUGGUUGUCAAAAGUUUUUUUUAUUCAAGAUAAGCCCUGUUUUUUAACAAAAUAAAAAUAUCCAUGCUUGUG